AUGGCAAAAGAGGAUUGGGAAAAAUAUAAAAAACCUGUAGAGGAAGAUAAUGAGAAGUCAGUAGAGAUUAAGCCUCUAAGUGAAGAUGAUAUUCAAGUCUUAAAGACUUAUAGUUCUGCUCCUUACAGUACAUCUAUCAAGAGUAUAGAAAAGGACUUAAAAGACUUGGAGGCAAGAAUCAAGGAGAAAAUGGGUGUGGAAGAGAGUGAUACCGGAUUGGCCAAUCCUAAUCUUUGGGAUGUGGCAGCAGACCGUAAAAGAAUGCAUGAUGAACAGCCACUACAGGUUGCAAGGUGUACGAAGAUCAUCAAAUCAGAUGAAGCGGAAGAGGCGGAUGAGGUAGAUGAAAAAGCACAAUAUGUUAUUAACAUCAAACAAAUAGCAAAGUUUGUUGUUGGGUUGGGUGAACGUGUCUCUCCAACCGAUAUAGAAGAAGGCAUGAGGGUUGGUGUUGAUAGAAGCAAGUACGAGAUCCAGUUACCACUACCACCUAGAAUUGAUCCAAGUGUCACGAUGAUGACUGUCGAAGAAAAACCUGAUGUUACAUACAGUGAUGUUGGUGGCUGUAAGGAGCAGAUUGAAAAAUUAAGAGAAGUUGUGGAAUUGCCCUUACUAUCACCUGAGAGGUUUGUGAAAUUAGGUAUCGAUCCACCAAAGGGAAUCCUAUUAUACGGACCACCAGGUACUGGUAAGACUUUAUGCGCUAGGGCUGUUGCAAACAGGACGGAUGCAACAUUUAUUAGAGUCAUUGGUUCUGAGUUAGUUCAAAAAUAUGUUGGUGAGGGUGCAAGAAUGGUAAGAGAGUUAUUUGAAAUGGCAAGGACGAAGAAAGCAUGUAUUAUUUUCUUUGACGAGGUUGAUGCAAUUGGUGGUGCCAGAUUUGACGAUGGUGCAGGAGGUGAUAACGAAGUCCAAAGAACAAUGUUGGAGCUAAUUACACAAUUAGAUGGUUUUGACCCUAGGGGUAAUAUCAAAGUUAUGUUUGCAACCAACAGACCAAAUACUUUGGAUCCUGCUUUGCUAAGACCUGGUAGAAUAGAUAGAAAAGUGGAGUUUUCCUUGCCUGAUUUAGAAGGAAGGGCUAAUAUUUUCAAGAUUCAUGCUAAGUCUAUGUCAUGUGAGAGGGAUAUCAGGUGGGAACUAAUUUCAAGAAUGUGCCCAAAUGCAACAGGUGCAGAACUAAGAUCUGUUUGUACUGAAGCGGGCAUGUUUGCAAUCAGAGCUAGACGGAAAGUUGCCACAGAGAAAGACUUUCUAAAUGCUGUUGAGAAGGUGAUCAAGGGUAAUAUGAAAUUCAGUUCAACUAGUAGGUAUAUGCAAUAUAAUUAG